AUGACCAUAAAGAAUGUUACACUGAAUGAUGACAGUACGUUUGGUCCACUGGGAAGGUAUGAGUGUCAUGCUUUUGAAAAAGGAGACCCUAUAGAGAGGAGACAUGGAUUUAGUGUCAAUGUCAUUUCAAGUAAGUACAACUGUAUCUUGUUUUAGGAAAAUCAUUUUGUGUAUUGUGGGGGUGUGUUCGAGCAACUCGCUCGCUACAUGAUGAGGUACCAGGAAUCUGAUUUACUUCUUGGCCGUUACUCUUCUUAAUCUUCUUACAUCUUCUGCUUACUCUACUUCUCCUCUACUUUUCUCUACUUCUCCUACUAGUUCAAGUAUAGUAGCAGUUUUAAUAGCCAAAGCUGGACAUGUUUGGGUUAGCGGACCGGAAGAGUUUCUAUUGUAUAUCUUAUCGCUAACAUUGCAACAGGUUUGCUAUUGUUAGGGAGUAGACUAGCCUAUACCAAAGAACGAAGGUCAGCUCUAGCUAACACCACAAAGACGACCACUUGUAAAAAACUAACAUCUGACAAUACCAAGCGAAUAACAUUCCUAAUAUGGCAACAAGUAAAUUCGCGAGCUAAGCAUAAGUUCAAGCACAAGUAAAAACAAAAGAUCAAAACAGGAAAACAGUAGGUGGACAAACACAAGAUUUAAUGAAACAAAAACUAAAGUUAAAAGUUAAGAUAGAUUCGUCUUAAAAAUAACUUUCAUUAUACUACUACAUGAGAAAUUUCUGCAAUUUGAUUGGCUUAGAGCAGUGGUAUUUCAGCUUAAUUUGAAAUACCUACAUGUGAAAAUUACAAACCUUUUGCGGGUAAUAAUAGCAUGAUGUGUACGUCAUACAAGUAUUUGGCAUAAAUACCACUUGUGAUAUUUCAAAAUUGUCUCAAAUUUCACGAGCCGUACGUAUAACAAUUUUGAAAUAUCACUCGUGGUAUUUAUGCCAAAUAUCACUACAAAUCAUGCUAUUACCUAUACAAAUACUUCACAACAGUACGGUAUCAUCAUUUUAUAACAUCAUUUUAUAUUGUGCACUGUUCGUUGUUCAUUGUAAAUAAAAACGUCAAACCUCCAGAAAGCGACAGCCCAAAAUGCCAAGAUUUAGUGAGCGCUUACGGGAGGCGGUCACUUGGAGAAUCAAACUACUGGUGUCUCUUUUGAGAAGAGAAUUCCAAUUCGCAGCUUUAGAAAACAAUGCUCUUGUGUUGAUAGGGGUGAUUUUUUUUCCUUUGAUCGAAAUACGUAACCUUUCUCGCUUUUGUUCACAUAGACGAAUGGCCGUAAUCAGCAUCGUUGGAAAGCGCGGCCGGUUGUUGCAGUUAAAGUGAAAAUCUCCAAAAAUCGCGGCUGCGCCUUAUAGCCAGUCCAGUUUGCUAACUUGAAAAAAAGUUGAAAAGUUUGGGGUGCGUCUUAUAACCGAGUGCGCCUUAUAACCGAAAAAAUACAUGAAUGGUACUUAUAGAAUGACAACCUCGUCCUCAGGGCUUUUCCCUUAAGAAAUGGGUGGGGCGGGAAAAAGGUUACAUAUUUCGAUCAAAGGAAAAAAAUCACAACUAUCAACACAAAAGCAUUGUUUUCUAAAGCUGCAAAUACUUAGGGAAUCCGUUUUUGUUCCAUAAACAAGGCAGCUGUCUUGUUUGCGGCAUAUAUGUAUUGACAUCGGUAUUUGUACAUGCAUCGGUUUAAACAUCAACUAGGUAAAAUCGAACGCGUAAUUAAUACAUAAGCCUGAAUAUUUUGUUAAUUAACUGCCAAAUAUGGUAAAGUUAAGCCCUUGUUUGUCAAGAUAACUAUGAUAGAAGAGCUCACACAGCUCUAUUAACCCUGGUACAGGUACAAGGGUGGGGGGGGCAGGUUGAUGGAACCCCUCCCCAGAGUUUUUGCAGUAUUUCGAAACGAUUUGUCUUAAAUGGAAAGCCUUUGAUCUUUCCAACAAGAUAGAGAAUAUUUUAUGGUUAGUGGCGCUGCUGGAGGCCUUUGAAAUCAACAAAACAAUGGUCAUCAUCUUGACAACCAUCUUGGAUUUUACCAAGAAUUAGGAAUCAGGUUACAAUCGCGAUAAAUGGUAAUUUUCUGUUCCUGACAUGUCAUCCACCGGUUUUACUUUUAUUGUUGAAAAAAGUUAAAAAAUAUACAUUUUCAUUCGAAAAUGGCUUUACCACCUCCUACUUGGUACGUCAUAUCUCGUAACCAUGGUUACUGACCAUCACCAAACUUGUCUCAAAAUGCGGGCGAGGGAUAGACGAACAGCUACUGAAAACGUGAGGUGCUGAUGUUUUAUUGUCUAGGAAAAAAGUAUAAAGAACCUCUGAGUGGGGUGGCAACCACCCCCCCCCCCCUCUUCCCCCCGUAUCUCCGAGGGUUAACAAAUUUGGGAGCUUUCUUUAGAAAAUAUAAAAGGUCUGAAACAAGCGCAAGAUCGCAGUUGAUUUGUUUCGAAUGCAAAAUGAUUUGUUUGUCCUCUAAUACCAGCUUUAGAAGAUGUAAAAGUUAUCGAGAACUGAUAACAAAGAAGAGGAUGAGCAGCUAGAGCUUUUAAUUAAUUUUGUUUUGUUGCGCGAAGAUACUGGGUUAUAAGGCGCACCACGAAAAUACAACAGAAUUAGAGCUGGCAGGAGCUAAAACACCAGUAACUCAAAAUCUGAAAGAAAAGGAAAAACAGUUCGAGCUAGCGGGGAACUUUUCUGGCCUUUUUCUGGGUAGAGAUUUCUGUAGAGAAGGGAAAUCUGUCAUUUUAGUCCGUUAUAAAAAGCAAAAAAGGGCCAACAGAUGCAUUUUAUGGCUGUAAAAAAGUCGAGUUCUGGUUUUGUAUAUUAUUGAUAUUUUUGAGACAGUGCAUUUACAAAGUUUUGGACUACAUGUAUGGUACGUGAAAGGGGUACCUUUCAUCAAUAGAAGGUAUGCAAAAGGGGUACAUGUAGCUUUUCUGUCAUAAAUGGUACAAAAAGCGGUAAGGGGUCAGACCUCAAGGCGUGGCCUCCCCACAUAAACGUUUAUUAUUAGUAAACCCCUUUCCCCAAACCCAGGGUUUUCAAUAAGAUUUUUAAUGGAUGGCAAAAGUUUUGAGUAGAUGGAACAUGAAAAAAACUCGCGGCAAAGGCGCCAGUUUCUGGGAAAAUUUUGAAAUCUGAGCCUCUUAGAAUGCAUUUUCAGCAUUCUGGAGCAAAAAUGAGAGUGUUUGAACAGAACACAGACAUUUUAAAUUUUGGCUUUUUGGGGGGUAAUUUCCAAAGAUGGAGUUACAUGUAAACUAGCUUAAACUGGAAAAUAAAGAAUCUUGAGACUAACGCAUGAAUUUGAAAAGCCAAGGAAAGGCAAAAUUUCAUUUAUUAAACCAAGAAAAAUUUGACUAUAUGUACAUUUUGUAUCCUUAAAACACGUGACAUAAAUCUUCUAGUUGGUAGAAGCUGGUAGAAUAAUUGUUUUGAAUUCUUCUUGUAAUGUUUUGUUAUCAUUUUUUUUAAGUGUUCCCAGCAUUUGAGUAGUUGUGGUGUCAGCAAGUGUUUUGUUUUAUCCCUUAACGGCCCCGUUCAAAUGUGCCGAGUAAAACUGCUAUUUCAGUCAACUAAUAAAAAUAUAGUUAAAUACGGCAGUUGAUUCAGACGUCGGAUUUAAUGGUGCGGAUUUAACUCCAUUCGCUGAAAUUUAUUCCCAGCCCUUAAAACAACUUGUUCCCCGCUCGGUAUGGAUAAUAGUUUCUAUAAGGGACGGACCAUUAGAAAAGUUAUGGGGGGAGGGAAUUUUCGAGCCGCAGGAAUUUUUUUUCGUUAUCAAAUUCCUUGUAUGCAUUUGUUUUAGGCCAUAGAAUGAAUAUUUUUUAGGGUUAAUUGGCUUGCAAGAAUUUUUUUUCAUUUAAUUUUUCCUUGCUCGAAUUUUUUUUUGUACUUCGUGCGCCCCCCAAUAAGUUUUCUAAUGGUCCGUCCCUAAUUAAUGCAUUAUGCAGGCAACUCUCGCCUUGUGGACACCCAGCUAUAAUGAACACCUCCAUAGUACGAACAGCAGCUAAAUCCCAGGCAAAAAUAAAUCAUAGAUGUUUGAUUGAAAUAACCUCUCGCUAUCAUUGACUCUCGCUAAUGAGGACACUAACUCAAGGUUCCGACAGUGUUGGCUAUAAAGGCUACUAGGGUAUCUAAAAGAUAGUCAAAUGCUGCGGCACAUUCUGUUGAUACUGGCAUUAGUUAGGCAGUGAGACUUAAAAGAAUCAAAAAUGACAUUCACUGUCCUAUUUACAUGUUGAAAAGUACUAGAAUAAUUACUAUCAGUCUAUAGAAAGAACUCGUGGGAACGUUGUUUAGAAAAUGAUCAAGUGGUUAUCAACUCUGGUUUUCCCACAGUAGGAAAUAAUAGAAAUUCAGAUUGUUUAUCCAUAUAUUUAGUAUACGGUGCACAAUAUUUUCUCUCGAAACACAAUACUUUUCUUGCUGUUUGUUGCACUUUAUUAAGUAACAGUUAUUUAGCUAUAUAUUUAUAGAAAACAACAACACAAAGAAACGGAAAAAAAAGAAAGUAGGAAUAAAUAAUUCGGUGGGACUCGAACCCAGCACCUUCGACUCGACGCGACUACACCUAACCACUACACCGCAGGGGCUGAUUGCGUAAUCUGUAGUAAAAGUCUAUCAUUUUAUUCCUUUUCCAUGAAACUUCCACCGGCAGGAGGAUCGCCGGCCGCAUUAACCGAGCUAUUAACAGUGAAAAAACAAUCUAAACGCAUCUUCCAUGGCAAUGAAUGAAUGAAAGAGCAUAAUUAUGCUUUUCAAAACGCCGAUACACGUGCUCGUCUGCAAAGUAGGACACAAAACAUAUGUUUUGUUAUCUCGAAUCAUUUCCGCUGUUACUUUGAAGCGAAUGGUCAAAACCACAUCCAUUUUCGGCUCAUACAGUUUCUUAAGAAUAGCAUUGCAUGACAUUUUCUCACUUUCACACCACCUUCUAGCAAGCUGGAAUUUGUAUAUCCCCCGUGUUGCGGAGUCGAAGAGCAAAUGCUCAUCUUCUCGUCAGGUUUAACACCUGGACGAGUCAAAGGCUCUUGAAUUGAAAUCCAAUCCCCAAGUUAACCAUCGUACUCAUCUGACAGACUCCUGCGUGUCUUAAAAUUCGGUAAGACCUCUAACCGUGCUGUAGAAAAUUUGCCACAAAGAAAACUCUAAGUCUAAGCAGCGAACGAUGCACUCUAACCCACCGAACUUCCCCGUGUUUUUAUUUGUGUUGUUCGUGGCGCAAUGCACUCUGGUUAAAUGCAAUGCAUUGUGGUAAAAAGUGUGGUUAAAUGCAAUGCAUUGUGGUAAAAAGUGAUGAAUUCGAGAAUUCGUCUCCCCUUAUAUAUUUCCUUUAAAUCCUGAUUAUGUUGCUGCUCGCUCCCUUCGGUCGCUCCGCAGCAAUAAAGGCUAUAAAGGCUAUAAAGUUGAUCGUUCAUAUAUCCGGCACAUGUGAAAUAUGACGUCUGAAUCAAAUGUCUUACCUAAGUUGAAUCUUUGACUCUUUCAGUCACAGAUUCGUAUUCAAUUUUAAACUGCCAAAUUUAAUUGAUUCAGACGUCGCGUCUCACAUGCGGUUAAUCCACAAAUUAAAUUUGACACUUGUGAAAUUCGAUGUUUGCACUGGGCCUAAGUCCCAAUAAAAACGGAGGUAAAGGUGCAGACGAGCCAAUGUCUAAACGGCCCAUUGCUUGUCCUGGUUGCAUGCCACAUACAAAUUCUCCAAACUGGUCUCUAUGCAUUUCUCUAAAGAAUUAUAAUUUGAGAGUUGAAGAAAGACCAAAACAUUAUGUUUUUAUUACAGUAAUUGAUCUCAGAACCUUUUGUAUUGAUAAUUAUUGUUAGGAGAAAAUGGAUGGUCAUGUUAUUUGCUGUCUGUUUAAGUGUUUAAAAAGCUAAAACAUGACUCAGCAUCAAUUGAAUUACAAAAAAUAAUGGUCCUUUUUUAAGACCAUACAUUAGGCAUUAAAACGGUUUCCUUCUGUCGUCUGUUGCGAAGGAUGGAAAUGAUGGACAUGGAAAAAAAGAAUUGAAAAAAUUGGGGCAAUUUUUUUAAGUUUGAAUGUAACUCUUCCAAAAAUCACCAAAGAAUAGUAAUAAUUAUACAUGUAGUAAUAUGGUUGGUCGUUCCUGAUAGGGUUUAUUUGAUAUCUUCUUAAUUCAUAUCUCUAUAGAAGUAUUUUGUGUAUGGGUGAGGACAGAGUAAGUAAUGAAUUAAGCACAAAAUUGACAGCAAUACAUGUUUCUUGGAGACAUAACCCCUUUGAUUCCUGUGUUCGUCAUCCAUGUAACAAGCAAAUCUGUACAGUGUAAAACAAAAAAAAACCUGAAGAAAACAUUGAAUUUAUAUUAAAACAACCAAAUCAACUGUGUAUUCUUUGUCUUUUAUACAUUUUCUUUAGUUUAGUUUGAUUACAGUGUCUAGCCCUGUUUCGUGAUCAAGCUUUGUUGUUUGUUGAGUCACCACAAAUUGACUGUACAGCACAUGAAAGGGGGAUCUUUUGCCUGGUCUUACAACCACUGGAACUACAUGUAUGGAUAAUGUAUUAGAGGCAAUGGACAGAAAUUAUAGCUUCAUGCAUUCUUCCCUUUUUGUUUGCUUUUUUUCUCUUUAGGAGACGAAAUUCCAUCAGUGAAAGUGCCUCAAAUCAGUGUGUUGAGACAUGGUGAGAACACCACAUUCUCAUGCAACCUGACUAGAAAUCCAGUUCAAGGAACAGUAUUGAAAAGAAUUUCUUGGUACAAAGAUGGGAUUUUGCUGGAAAGUAUCAGAAACCCUGACCCAGAUAAGCCAUUAGACACCCUUAGGCCGCUUGUUCUUAUAAAUAUUGGUGUUAGAGAUGGAGGAAAGUACACCUGCUUUCUGGAAGUGGCGCUCCGCAAUAUCAGAAUGUACAAUGUGUCUGAUAGCACCAUGGUUAAAAGUAAGUGCACUGUAGACUGACUCUGAUGGAGGGUUAGUUCUUGACUGCGAUUACAGCCAUCUCCCCUCGUUUUCCCCUGCUAGUUGGACAUUCCACAGGAGAGAUGUCCGUCCCUCAACGACAGAGAUUCCAUACUGAUGACGUAAAGUCUGUCUGGAAUCUGUUUAGGAUUUCUGAUUAGUUGAUAUAGUGUCUGCAUCAGUCUUCACAUGUACGUAGUACAUGUGAUGUAGCUAUUGUUUACUAAUGACAGACAAUAGACAAAAGGUCGCAAAGAACAAAGUUUUGCAGAAGAAGCCAAAACUUUGCAAUAAUAGUCCAGGAGAAACAUAAACUGAGGCAAAUGUACAUUUGGAACCCCAUGACUACUAGAUAAAUAAUGUUAUAUAUUCUGUUAUACAAUGUACAUGUAUAUAAACAUUGAUUUACAUCGCCAGUAUGGCAUUUUGGUCAUUGCUCAAGGUGAAGACCUUCUCUCCUGCAUAACACUUAAUUCGUGACUGUAGCAGUGCGUGGCAGUGAGUAGUGAGGAAAGAUGGCUGUACUCGCAGGCAUAGCUAGCCUGUAAAACUUUUAAAUCUUUUUACAGUGGUAAAUGAAUUGACUUUAUUAACUCAGUUGAUAAAAACAAAUUUUAGGGUACAAGCUGUUAUUACUGUCCUUACGUACAUUAAUUUUUCAGUAUUUAGGGCUUUUAUUACAGAACUUAGUCAAAAAAGUCGUCAAAAGAUAAGCCUUUCCUAGUGCGAACGAUUUUUUUCACUUACCAAAAUUUUCUCAAGUCUCACCAAACUUCAAAGAUGCUUCAAGAGGAUUUGGAAUGUUUUGUCAGGCAAUAAAAUAGUUUGUUCCUUGGCAGCGGCAUUACAUGUAUCCUUUCGCCCCAUGUAAGGGCAUCUGGAUUCCCAUCCUCGGAGACCCAGGGGCAGAAAGUGGGGACGAGGGAAAGUCUAAACGGGCGGAAAAAUGUGGCACGAAGAAAAGUAAAGAACGGCGAGAAGAGCUCCUGGGGACAAUGUCUUACCACACUAGUUCCAAACGGUCUCCGUCGUUCUGGCUUCUGAUUGGUGCCAGAAAACUUGUGUUUUUCUGGCAUCAAUCAGAAGCCAGAACGGCGGCGACCGUUUGGAACUGGUCUGGUAAGACGUUGUCCCCAGGGGCUCUUCUCGCCGUUCUUUACUUUUCUUCGUUCCAUAUAUAUUUUUCCACCCGUUUAGACUUUCCCUCGCCUCUUUUAUCUGCCCCUGGGUCUCCGAAGAUGCUGGAUUCCGGAAUCCGUGAAAUUUUUGCUUGUGGACUCCUGAAUCAUUUGCUUUGGAAUCCGGAAUACAACGCAAGGAAUCCGAAUCCCACUGAUGCACUUAUCAAUGUAAAGCCGGCGUGGGAGGGGGGGGGACGCAGGUCAUGGGGUGGGGAUUUGGCGGGUCUUUCUUGGCCCUGGGGUAGGGCACUAGACCGAUCUUGUUCUACCGGGAGAGGGAACUUUGAAUCUUUCUUCGCCCUGCGUGGGACCGACGUGGGGAUAUUUGACUGCUGACUCGGACGAAAGAGACUGAGAUCGAACAGCCACGCUUCACGCAUGCGACGUACGGUCUGGAAAGAUAUGGAAAUCGUGGAAGCCAACGAGAACAAGCCAAAGUGAGUUGUAUUGAUCAAUUGAACCUUUCAAGAUACUGUGGUAUCAAAGUAAACGGAAGGAAAGAGAAACCAAGUCGAUUUUUGCAAGUGCAAUUGAUCAUUGUGUGGCUGACAUUCGCUACAAUCACUGUAUAAAGCUUAUGAAACAGACUUUCUUUGUACCCUUUACUAAGAACGGUAUAUUCAAACUUACAAAAUGUGGACUUUCUCCUAAAGGUUUCUGUAUUCUAUGCAGUGUGUUAAAACACGGACUGAAUUGUUAAAAAGUUUUAAUCGCAACUGUAAUAAGAACAUGUAUCUUUGGUGAUGCAGCAACGUUUAUAAAUAAAGAUUGCAGAGUUUUAUUUGGAGAUAUUUCUGUUGUGCCUUUCUUGGGUCCAGCCUUGGGAUGGACAGCAAUGUCACCCCUGGGUGGCGAAAGUUGGUUGCAAUUGACCGGAAUGAUCUGCCCGUGGGCAGGGAAUUUGACGGCAAUUUUUUGAAAAAUGUCAAAUCGCCACUCCAUUUACCACUCCGCAGGGUUCAACAAGCCAAUGCAAAUUGUUAACCUUACGAUUACAAAAGGAGAAAAUGCUUCACUUGAGUGUGGGGCCCAAGGGUUUCCCCUUCAUGUUGAAUAAAAGUCUCAGAGGCAAGGAGAGGACUUCGUUAUGCCUUGCAUAGCCAGUAAGACCAAAAUGUAGCAUAAACAGAUUUUUUUAAAUUAUAGUUGCGAUAAUCAGUGCAAUAUAGAAGACAUGCAAACUUUGAUUAUAUUACCUUUCCGAUCCGAUCCUGGGUCUGACGCUCGGUUGCAGUCCCUUGUUAGCCAGAGUGACUAACUUGGUGGCUCUGAUUUUUCCUCCUCUCGUCUUUUUCAAAACGCUUGCCUCCUAGGCUACCAUUAUUUGGUGACUAAAAUAUCAUGUCAAGUCUCUUGUUUUGGGAAAUUGUAAGAAUCUUUGAGGAGACUGCAAUUUUUGUCUUUAUACUUCCAAAAAUUUUAAGUCACUGACCUUAACGACAACGACAAAUAACAACCAGUUCAUUUCUACUGAAUACAGACAACUAAAAGAAAUAUAAUUAUGAAGAAUAAUACUAACUAUACUCAAGAGCCUAUUGCUAUAUAAUAUGUUAGAGCAUUUAUGCUACUUAUAGAGACGCUACAAGACGUGUGUCGUACCAGUAUGAGCCGACCUAACAGAUAAGCAUUACAUCACUUAACUAUUUCUAAGUGCAUGGAACAACUAUCCUUUUAAAACUUUUUAUAAUCAACUUGACCUAAUAGCGUCAGUAUUGUUUUCCUGAUUUCCAACAGUUGCCCCGUGGUUCGACAAGCCAACGGAAGUUACUGAAGUUACCAUUGUGGAAGGGCAAGACGUUUCUCUUGAGUGCGCGGCCCAGGGAUUUCCGCUUCAUGUUGAAUGGAAGCUUCAGAAGGAUAGCGAGGACUUCGUACGGUCCUGCAUAAGUGAGAUCAUAUUUUUUAUAAAAUUAGAGAAAUUUAUGUAGUUGUACAUUUAUUCUGGGUAAAGCCUAAUUAGCUGCAAUCUUUCUUGUUAACUGUACUUGCACAAUGCCUAGAAAACUAUUUGUUUUAAGAAAAAUGGGAAAUGAACAUUCGACAACCAAAUUAAACCCCUUGCUUUCAGCAUUUUGAAAAUUUCAUGUGGGCCUCAAAAUGUUGUGUGUUAAAAUUGCGGGAGUGUACAUUUUGUGUGUUGCAAAUUGUCAGAGCUUUCACUUUGUUUUCUUUUCCCUUAAGAUGGCUCAGAUGGAAAUUACCAUGUUCAUCGCAGCGGAAUUUACGAACCUUAUGUGUUGACUGUAUCUGAUGUGCGGUACACUGAUGUUGGAUCUUACUACUGUUGCCUUCCGUCUAACUGCUCGGGCAAUAUCCAAGAUAACUGCCAACAAUUUGUUCUCAGUUCAAGUAUAACUGCAAUUUCAUUAUUUUUAUCUGAUUAUUAUAAACGAAAUAUUGGUACUUGAAUGAAGCGUAAGGUCUGUCAUACCGCUAUAGUCCUGGUUGAUGCUCAGAGAUGGAACAUUCAUGAGCUGAACAAAAUAUGAUACACUAUAUAUAGAAUACUUCAUGGAGUGUGCGUAUGCGAUAUUUACGCAGAGUUGUUGACGUAUCAGAAAUCGGCUGAGUGAACGGUCCCCUGAUUGGCUACAACUCAUUUGAGUAUGAAGGAUUGCGACAGCUUUUCAGUGAGUGUAUCUCAGUAUGUCUAAAAUAUGAUGUAAUGGUACCCGAAUAACAUGGUUUAAGUCUUUAAUAAAAUGAUAGAAAAUGAAGUUUCAUCGGAAACACAAUGAAACGCGGCCAAAAAUUAUAAAAAUUAUGACAUGAAAUGUCUUUGAGAAAAUGAUCGUAAAACACAUAAAUUAUGAGAAAAACCCCCACCAGCUGAGAAAGAAGUCUAGCAUUUGUUAUUCAUUCAAUCGCGAAACCCCGGCCUGAAACUAAUUUUCGAUUGUCUUUUUUGCGGACGUUAUGGUAAAUAAUUCGUUUUUCAUAAAAGGCAGACCCAUGAUACCCCGGCCUUAAGUACGUGCACUUUUCCUUUAUAGUCCACCCCCACCCGCUAAAAAUAAAUAGGUAAAUUUGAAAAUAUUUUUGGUGCUAUUGAAAGUCGAUAACAGCUCACUUUUUUUUCCUUUUUUGCUCCCCUUUAGGUGGUUCCGAGAAUGGCAGGUAGGAUGCUGUUUUUCAAAUGCUUCUUCGCUUCUGUAAUUGACCCCACCUCGCUUGUCCAAUCCUUUAACUCCUGACCACUUAAGAAAAUUCAUUGUCUAUUUGUCGUUUCUUCAGUAGGCCACUUGCACUAAGAGGUCACGUCAACAUGUUACCUUUAAACAAUAAGUUGGAAUCUUGCUGAUGCCAAAACUUGACAGAGCACAUAAAAAUUGUCUUACACCCGAAAUUUGAGACGAAACGCAUUUAAGUGAGAUAUUUUAUGGCAACAAAGUAGUAUGAUUUGUAUUGGCCACCAUGUUGGAGGGCAUACUCUUGCCCUCCAAUAUGGCGACCAAAACUACUUUUUGCUUAUAUCUUCUUAAACGUUUGAUAGUUACGCUCAAAUGUGCUGUAAACGUUACCACAUCAUCUUUUCAACAUUUUCCUUGAAGUUUAAGUGCAAAAUUUGUUUUCAUAAAGAGGUAAUUCAUAAUUAUAAUAAUCACAUUUUGGUCACGUGACCAGCUACGAACUUAAUCAUUUUAAGAAAAUGGUGCGGGUUUGAAAAACCAAAUCACUAUUAUUUUGUUUUAGAUGUGACCAACUAAUCGGUUUUCGAAGGCAAAAUCAUAUAACUUUCAUUUUCAUAAAAACGAUGUCACAUGACCACUUAGUGCGAAUGGCCUGUUGAGCUUUGACCCAAGAGAGUGAGAAGUGCCCUGACCACUUUUGAAUGGUCACAACAUUUAAAAAAGGAAAAAAAAAGAAACCAAUAAUCUUCAUAGGGGAUUUGCAAACGUCCUGUAAGCAGGUUAUUUCUCUCAGUCCCCUCACUUUGUAUUAUAAAAGGCAAAUAAUCUGAAAUAGACUUUAAUUUAUACACCUGCUUUUUUCGGUAAGAUCGUCUGGUUCGAGCGCUUACUGUAACGCGCAACCAGCUUGGUUUCCAAGUGUUACCUCGGGAAGAGUAUGAAAUCCCUUCCUAUUGGGGUGGAUGGGGCUAAAAGCCUCGACGCCCGCCUCCGUGAUGCAUAUCAAACUAAGCGACCGGUCAUUAUUUAUCGCCUGCGGAAACGAUGGGGGGGGGUGCUAAAUAACGUGAAAUUCAGCCGAUCCCCCCUUUGAAAGUUACUUCACUAAAGUGAUCCCCCCUAAUAGCAUUUGAUGACUUUCGCGACGCCCCCUUCUGAAUCCUUCCAAAGUUUUCAGCGAUCCCCCCUUUUGGGUUCUCAGUUACGACUGACCCCCCCCUGUUUUCCUAAAAAUCAUGUAAUCCCCCCCAAAUCCUUCGCCCCCCUCACUCCCCUCCAGAGAUAAAUAAUGACCGGUCCCUAAGGUUGUUCAAAAUUUUGGUCAAACAAGGAUCACACGGACAAAUGUUAAAGAAAGAGACUGUGAUGCAAUUGAAAUUGAAUAACGCCUAAUAAUAGUCUGAUGAUCUAUUUUGUUUUUCUAGCAUCUACAAAGGAUGUUUGUUAGCAUCGAUAAUUCUAAGGUAUGGUAACUUACACUACAAUUACAGUCAUAAUACUAUGCAACUUUCGCUUAUUACUUAGGAAUGUGUGGCUUUUAUUAAUUGGGAAGAAUUAUUGACAUGACUCCUUACUAAAAUAACAUAACAUAUUUUUUAUGAAACUUGGUACACUGUUGUAACAAGUGAAGAAAAUGAUUAAAACGUGUUUCUAAGAUAUAAUUCUGACAGACAGCUAUUUAGGGGCCUUUGGCAAUAACUUCCGCUUUCCAAAAGUCUGGUCGGCCAGCUGGACAAGUCAGUUUAAGUUUGAAAGUGAAAAAUUAGUCUGUUCUCGAUAUUUUUACCUAUAACAUUUAGCCGGACAUAUUAGUUGGUCUGGCUGUAUAUUCCAGUUUUGCGAAAACACUUCGCUUCCGUUCUGAUAAAGUUAUUGCUGCUGUAAGCCACGGCUUGGUUGCGUAAACGUUCCUGAACAAUGCAUUGUUCACCGUACAUAAAUGACCUUAUAAACGCCUCUUAUCUAAAAAGCACCCCCUUUACCCUGUUAAAAUGUUAUUGGACGCCCCUCUCUAAUAAACGCUCCCAGUCUAAUAGACGCCCCCUAUGAGAAUUACUCAAAAAUACUAGGAAUUAGCAAAAAGGAGCAAAAUUAUUCAGUUCAUUCAGUUUCUUGCUUGAUUUUCAAGGCUUUGUGUAUUUCAUCUUGUUCAAUGUCAAGUUUAAAGUAAGGAUAGACUAACGGAUAUCGACACAAUAAGCCUGAGCGAGGCUGCUGACAUCGAUGUUGGUAUUUGAAAGGGCGAUGCAGAUCUUUAGACGGCCUCGACUCAUCAACUUCUGGAGCAUAGAUAUUCCGCUAUUUUAAAACUCUCUUGAUAUUUUCGCCGAAAGCAUAUUAGUUUUGUUGAGCUUGUUGCAAUUAUUAGAAUAAACGCCUCUCUCUUUUAAACACCCCUUACCUAUUAAACGCCCCCGCUAAGACCCCUAAAACUAAAUAGACGAUCUGGGCGUUUAUCGGGUCAUUUACGAUAUGCCAUUUACUCAUUUAUCUAUGCAUGUACCUAAAUUAAAGGGCAAUAGUCAUUUUUAAAUGACGCGGUUUUCUUGCAGUGCGAUUAUGAAUUUCCUGACGAAGUAGCCAUGACGUCAAGUUGAAGAAGAGUACGAUGGUUCUCUGCAUUCAUAAGACAUGCGGAGCUACCGGAAGGAAACUGGACACCACUCACAUAGCGGUUCUUUUGUAUUCUUUAUGUCAUCGGCGUGUUGCUCCACUAUAUUUUUGCUUAAGUAUUUUCAGAUAUUUUCGACCAAAAACGGGGGAUCUCAUAGCAGCUUCGUUUGUAUUCAGUACAUGGUGUGGUAGCUCUGUAUCCUCAUUUGUCUGUGAAGGUUCAAUAACCUGAAAAGAG